CGUCACCGUGAAUGUUCCAGUAAAGCCAAUCGACAGCUGGUCAAGAGGAAUUCGCCGUCGUCUUCUGGUGGAACCGACAAAUCUUCCAGUAAAGCCAAUCGACAGCUGGUCAAGAGGAAUUCGCCGUCGUCUUCUGGUGGAACCGACCUCCGAAUCUCUUCACCCAACACUUCCACUCGAAAUGGAAUAAAGCCAAUCGACAGCUGGUCAAGAGGAAUUCGCCGUCGUCUUCUGGUGGAACCGACCUUCGAAUCCUCGCGUCAGCAUGAAUCUUCCAGUAAAACCAAUCGACAGCUGGUCAAGAGGAAUCCGCCGUCGUCUUCUGGUGGAACCGACCUUCGAAUCUCCUCAACCUAA